AUGAACGAAAAUAAGCUGACGCUAUUAGCGGCGACCCUGAGCCUAACAGCAGGUGGGGGGCCGCGGCUUGGGAGCCGAGCGCUGAUCCUCUUCAAGAACCUCCCUGGGCAAAAGCCGCUUCCUCAGCAUGCUCCAGGUCCGGUCAGGAUGUAUCCCCCUCAACUCCUGCCACCACUCUACCCGGCAGGCCCGCUCUUCCACAGAGGGCCAAUGUUCCCGCCGCCACCCCCUUACAUUCACCACAUGCCGCCGUUUAUGCCCUUUGGUCCGGGACUUCCGCCACUGCAUGUCUAUCCGCUGCACGCCCCAGGACCCUUCCAUCCACCGAUGCAGAUACCACUCCCACAACACCCGGUCCAGCCCAUGGUUACCCCUGUCCACAUUCAUACCUUCGGUGGAGGCAACGUUGGCACCAACCUUGCCAGCAGCCUUACGGGAGGAUCUAGCGGUGGUACCAGCGUCUCGGCCGGGCCUACCUACCUCAUUCAGGAGCUGAGACACCACAACACGCCAGCGUCUACCAAAAGCCACAGCGGAGGCGGCGGUGGCUCUGGACACUCAGCAGAGAAGCUCGUCCUCCUGAAGGACUUCAAGGACCUUAAAGCAUUUGGGGCUGGCACUCCCAUCCUAAAAACCAAAAAGGUCAUCGCCCAAAAUUCACACUCGGAUAACCUGAAGGGUCUAGGCGGUGAGAUCCUGCCUCCUAUUGUCUUGAACGCUAACAGUCUCGCCCAGUUCGGUCUCGGAGGUCUCUCUGGGAGCCUGACUGGUGGCCUGGGACCGGGAGGAAUCCAAGACACACUGCUCUUCAAGGGUGGAAAUGCUAUCUGGUGA